AGCCUUUAGCGUCACUUGUCAGUCGGAGCCCAAAAUAACCCAAAGGCAGCACAACACGGUGACUGGGCAUAACGUUCCCACUUCACAAGCAAAUAGUCCGGUCCUAUCGCAGGAUGAGUCGCCCCGGUGAAUGACUUGCUGCAUCUGUGAGUUUCUUCUUCUUCCUUUAUUGACUUGCCGUUGAAAAUGGUACGCAACGUGGACGACCUUGACUUCUGCCUGCCGUCGCACCCGCAGACCAUCCUGGAGGGCCUCCGUGCCCUGUGCUCUCAGCCCAAGAUGGUGGACGUAACGCUGAGCGCCGGAGGUCGUGACUUCCCGUGCCACCGCGGUGUCCUGGCCCUCUGCAGCGCCUACUUCAGCUCCAUGUUCUCGGGGGACUUCGCCGAGAGCAUUGCGGCCCGCGUGGAGCUCCAAGAAGUGGACCCGGAAAUACUGGGCUGCUUGUUGGACUUUGCUUACACGGGCAAACUGACCAUCAACCAGAGUAACGUGGAGGGCCUGAUCCGGACCUCCAGUAGGUUACAGUUCCAGACUGUCCGCGCCGUGUGCACACGUUACCUCCAGCACCAGAUUGACGCUACCAACUGCUUGGGCAUACUGGAGUUUGGAGAAAUCCACGGCUGCCCUGAGGUGGUGGCCAAGGCACGGGCUUUUCUUUUAGAGAACUUUGAGGCUGUCCAGCUGAGCGAGGAGUUCCUACUCCAGGAGAAGGAUCGCUUGGUCUCCUGCUUGAGCCACGAUGGCCUGCAGAUCCGAUGCGAGCACGCUAGAGUGGAGGCCGUUCUUAGGUGGGUCGGGCACCGGCGGGAGGCUCGGUUGGACCAAAUGCCGGAGCUGCUGGGCCUGUGCAGACUGGAGCUGCUUGACCCGGACUACCUGAAGGGGACACUGUUGCAGGAUGCUCUGGUGCAGGCCUCGGACGGCUGCAGGGAGGCCGUGGAGAAGGUCCACAUAGAGAAGAUGCAUUUGGCCCCGAAGUGCAUGAGUCAAGUGGACGGUCAGAGUCCACAGCCCAAUCUGCAGGAGGUGCUCUUCGUCAUGGGGGGUCGCUCCCUGGACGACGACUCCGACGACGAUUCGGACGACGAGGAUGGCGAGCGAGCCAGAGCGAGAGAGAGCAGAGCUCAGCUUAAAAACUGUGCCUUCUAUAACACCAAGACAAAACAGUGGCAUGAGCUCCCAAAUUUCCCCAACCCCAACAAAUGGGGCUUCUCCAUGGUGUCGUUGAAUAAUGACGUCUACGUCACAGGAGGCUCUCGGGGCUCCAACACCAACACCUGGUCCACCACGGAGACAUGGAAGUACAUCACCAAGGAAGGACGCUGGGUCACGGUGGCGCCCAUGCUCAGACCUCGCACCAAUCACUCGUCAGCCACGCUUAACGGAGAGAUUUACGUCAUUGGAGGUACGACAUUAGCUCGGGUAGAAGUGGAACGUUACGACCCGUACCACGACACGUGGACCUCCACGUGUCCCGCCGUCAAGUACAUGACCAAUUUCACGUGUACGGCGUGCCAGGGGAAGCUCUACGUGAUUGGCUCCUGCGCCGUCAAGUACAACGCCUUGACCAUGCAAUGCUACAACCCCGUCAUAGAUAGCUGGAUGAAUAUCUGCUCGCCAUUCAUCCCCAAGUACCUUUCGUCUCCUCGCUCGGUGUGCAUGGAAGGAAACAUCUACCUGCUGGCCGACAACACCAAGAAAGUUUACUCCUACGACCCCGACGCCAACUUGUGGCAGAAGAUCCAGCUGCUCCACAUGCUACAUGAGAACGGCGGCCUGGUGUCGCUGGACGGGAGGUUGUACGUGACGGGCGGCCACUGGAAAGGGAUGGAAGGCGAUUACGGCGUGGAGGUGGAAGUGUACAACCGCGCCUCGGACACCUGGGAGGUGGAGGGCUUCCUGCCCAGACUCUGGUUCUACAGCGGCGUCUCCACCAUUUUCCUGGACCCCACCAACUGGCCUCGGGUCUUCCCCGCCGACGCCACGUAGGUGAUGUCACGUGAUGUGCUGGACAUGUUUGAAUGCAAAAAAACAUCGAGCUAAUGUGUUAAAAAGAACCUACGCACAAUUUGACAUGAAAUACAAGAAUUUGAAUGUUCGCUUUUUUUGGGAAAAUUUUUUUUUGAGAAAGAAGUCACAGUUGUGAGAAUAAAUAAGCCUCAGUCGUACAAGAAGGUAUUUUUUUUAAAUAUGCAUUUUUAAAAGAAAAAAUGUGAUGGGGGAAAGGCAAUUUUAAUUUUCAAAACGGUUAGGUUUUUCUUAUAGUAUAAACUUUUGGAAAAUAAAUCUCUAAAAAUAAGCUUUUUGUCUUACAAGAUUAAGAUUGCCUUUUAAAAAAUAUUUUAUUUUUUUAUUGAUUUAAUAUUGUAACUUAAUAUUAGUGUAUACCGCGAUGACUUUAUUAUUGUAAAAUACAAUUGUACUUUUUUCUCUUAAAAUGACUUGAAAAAUAACUUAAAAUAAUUCUGCCUUCUAAUUAAGAAAAGACUAGAUGGUGCUUUUUGAUAAACCACACGUUUAUUCUCAUAUGACUGUGAUUUUAUUCUGCUUGUGUACUUAUGUUUUGAUUGAGGAAUAAAAUAAUAAAAUGGCA